AAGAAGUGAUUUACUAGGAAGUCACUGACCAGAUUUGUGUUGGUUACCUGUCAUACUGAGAUUGGCAAACAGACCAGGUACACUAGACCAGGUAGCCCUGGACAACUAUAGCCGUCUCCAAGGUUACUGUCAACAGCAGGAGAGAGAGAGAGAGAGAGAGAGAGAGAGAGAGAGAGAGAGAGAGAGAGACAGGGGUUCUGUCACUACUCACCUCCUGUUGAAGCCACAGUGGGGCAUGGCUGUCUAGGGUGGCCUAACACGGUAGGGUUAGGUGUCUGUGGGUAAGUGUGUGUGUCUGUGUGAGCCACUGUAUUUGUGUGUAUGUGGGUCACUGUGUGUGUGUGUGUAUAUGUGUGUGUGUGUGUGAGUUGGUCUAAAUCUGUCACUCUCAGAGGUGUUGCCAUGGAGUACGAAGCUGCCCUCGCUUCAAGAUGGCGGGCAGGAAAGGAUGUCAUGCUCUGCGCAGGGGAGCAGCCAAGAGGAGAUCUGGACUCAGGCAGGAGCAGGCCAGCACCUUGCUCUGGAAGGCCGGGGGUCCUGAGGUACAAGAGGGAGACUACAAUACCCAGCAUCCCAUGCUCCCUCCCGUCUCAGCGUCCAGAGCGUCUGGUGGUGUGUGAGGCCUGCGGGGAGGAGGCCCAGCCCCCCCUGGACUUGAUGGGCCUGGAGCAGCCUCAGCUCUUCUGCUGCUCCCAGCACCAGCAGCUGUGUGAGAUGCUAACUCAUGAGAGACUCCCAUCUCUGAGGACAGCAACCCGGGAGACCACACCCCCGGCGGACAGCCAGCCAACCAGGGAGGAGGAGGCGGAGCUACAGGCCCAAGAGAGGGAGGCGCAUAGGAAGCAGGAAGUGGAUCGAGAACUUCUCUUCCAGGACAACUCCCAUUUACCUGUAGACACCAGUGCUCCUCAUUCCAGGACCCUCAGCUACCUGCUGUCCAGGUCUGCCCCCAGGUCUGCCCCUAGGACUACAGCCCCUGCUCCUGGUCUGGACCCUGCUCCUGGUCUGGGCCCUGCUCCUGGUCUGGACCCUGGGCCUGGUCUGGACCCUGGUCCUGGUCUGGACCAGCAGAACUCCCAGUUCGGCCUCUCCUACCCUGGUGGUCUUCAGGUGCUGCAGUCUACACUCCUCUUUCUUUCAGAGUCAGGACGUGUUGGGGCAGUGGUGAUGCAGAGGUCUUACUCCAGGGGGGGGCUGUUCCUCACAGCUUUCCCUGACGGCUCCGCCCAGAUCCUCUACCCCUCCGGCCUGCUUGCCCUGAUCCUACUGGUCGACGGAGUACGGAGGGUGUGCGUAGUCUACGAUGACCACACCCCCAACCAGCAGCCAAUCAGGGCCCUGUUCCACUCUGACGGCAGAGCCACUUGUUACCACAGUAACGGCAGUGUCUGGCUGAGCCUGGGCAUGACUGGAGGUGAGUGUGUGAGUGAGACAGGCUCCAGACUCAGGCGCUGGUCAUGGGGGCCCCCGGGGCCCGCCCCCCCUGUCUCCAUGAGGCCCCUGUUCCUGUCCCUCAACCCCAGCCUGGGGCUCCGUGUGCUGGGCAACAAACAGCUCUGCCUCCGCUUCCUGUCUGGGGGCUGCCAGGCGACGCUUCGCCUUGGGGGGCAGCUUCCAGAGCCUAGGGGGGCGGGGCCUCCACACAGCCCACCCACAUCCAGGGAGGAGCUUCUCCUAUUGGCCGGGAGGGUUGGGGUCCAUCUGGGUCUGAGGCGUCUUCAGCGGUGCCUGCAGACCCCCUUCAGCCCCCGGCCCCGCUGGGUCCCCAGUCUCAGGACCCUGGUACACAGGCUCCUGGAGAGAAGCUGCACUCUGAGUCAGGGAGACAGGGCCUUCAUCCACACCUGCCUACAGGACCUCCUCUGAGCGUGUGAGAGGGUGAGCGUGUGUGUGAGAGUGUGUGUGUUUCAUAGAAGUAGAAGACACUCUUCACCUGUAGCAACAGAAUCUAAAAAGUAACAAAAUAUGAGAAUGAUGGUGAAACACAGGUUUACACAAUUACUAACAAACUACUACUACUUUAUCACUAAUAUGGAUCUGUCUCCUUGCAUUUGUUAGUUCGUCACAGCCGUUGACUUAGUUUUGAACAAGUCAAACCAAAGUUUUCCACCAAUGGGCCUUGAAAUUGUCAUAUUCAUGAAACUAUGUACAUUAAUAAAGUAACCCCAGAGAGUGGUACAGUGCUAACCUUCACCAGAGUCUCAAUGUUCAUGACUGAAGGAGCAACAGAAGGCUCAGACCAGAACACAAUGACAUCAAAGCUUUGCUGCUCUCAGAGACUGAGGGAUUAACCAAUCUGGCCUAAUCCUCUUUGAACAUCUCAGAUGAUGGAGGCUUCACAUGGCCUGCCCUGGGCAAGGACCAGGAUCCGGAGGCUAAACUAGCCUUUCUAAUACAAUCCGUGGAGCUGAAGUAGAAGUCUGAACAGAUGGCUGCUAGCUAGGAUACUAACUAAUGCUAGAUACUGAGCUUGCUAGCCUUCUCACCUAGCUAAGCAAAUUAUGAAGUUAGUCUUCUCACCGAGCUAGCCAACUGAUGAAGCUAGCCUUUACUACUGAUGUAGUGCUACUUACUGCUACUUUAUCUGCUGAUGUCACCAACCAUCGAAAUAGCUAGCCUACUGAUGUUAACAUGAGGUUUAGACCUAACAGCUCAACAGGAAAAACAAGAGUAACUUUAUAAACAUAAACAACAACUUUUUAGAUUUACUCCUUUUUAUUAAUCGUUUUAAACCAUCACUUCAAGCUACUCAAAACAAAUAUAAAAAUCACAAUAAAUUCAGUAAUGAAAUUAGAACAGGAUUUUUAGAUUUAGACUUAUCAGAUGAUGCAGGACAAGGCUCUAUAUGAUGAGGAUUAAGGUUAAAUUAAGACAAGGAACAGUUCAACUAGACACAGUGGCUCUGUGGGGUGAGAACAUGGAUCAGCUGAGACGGUGGCAGUCUCAGAAGGAACCAACCUCCGUCUCAACAUCAGUCUGGCCCCGUUCCAAACACAACCCUGGGCCCUAUACCCCGCGUCCUUCUGGGGGUCUGAGGAAUGUCCUCCGACCAGGACGAGUAUACAGGGUGUAGUGGAGUUUGGGGGUUUGGAACGGGGUCCUGUGUUUAUUGCAACUGGAUGAACAAUCUGCAGUGGUAGAAUAGAACGACAAGAUGGCUGCCGCGGUUGC